AUGGCCGCUUCCUAUACAGUGUUCGACGGGGACAAGACCGAUUCAUUGCAAGAUGCGUUUGGUGGCGAUGUCGAGAAGAAGGCUGUGGAUGUGCAUCUGCAGAACACUACGGUCAGCAGUUUCGCGUGGCAAGAUGUUACUGUGACGGUCAAAGACCACAAGACGAAGCAGCCCAAAGUCAUCCUGCAAAACGUCAAUGGAAUUAUCAAGGCUGGCGAAUUAUGUGCUCUUAUGGGCCCAUCAGGAUGCGGCAAGACUACUCUGCUAAACGUGCUGGCCCAUCGCGAUGCUGCCGCUAGAGCCAAGGUUGAUGGCACGACGCUGGUCAAUGGCGCCGGUCUAUCUCGAGAAGAGUUCCGUCGGAUCAGCUCGUAUGUAGAGCAAGAGGAUGCUCUCAUAGGCUCCUUGACAGUGCGGGAGACAGUGAGCUUCGCCGCAAGGUUGUCUAAUGCAUCGAGUCUGUCUAAACUCGAGCGCAUGAACCUGAUAGAUGGCCUGCUUGAUUCGUUUGGCCUCCGGAAACAACAGCAUACUCUUAUUGGAACUCCUAUUCGAAAAGGCAUCAGUGGAGGCCAAAAACGCCGUGUCAGUGUCGCUAGUCAAUUGGUCACGGGCCCGAAGCUGUUGUUUCUCGAUGAACCUACAAGUGGACUUGAUUCUGCUGCUAGUCUGGAAGUGAUCUCAUUCAUUAAGCGCGUUGCCCAGCAGAACGAUUUGAUUGUAAUCGCGAGUAUUCAUCAACCCUCUUCAACUACCUUCCAGCUCUUCGACAAGGUACUCUUGCUUUCUGCAGGACGACCUCACUACUUUGGUUCUGUUUCUGAAAUGGCGCCUUUUUUCGAAGAUAUGGGCCAUCCGAUCCCUCCUCACACGAACCCAGCCGAGUUUGUGCUUGAGUUGAUGAAUGUCGACUUCUCACAAGACCAAGAGGCUGCCGUAAAACAACUUGACGACAUGCACGCAUCAUGGGCAUCUUCUGCCACGUCCGAGUUGAUUGCUACGGAGAUCAAGGAUGUCGGCCAGAGAUCCUCCUGGGAACAGGUGCCUGAAUCCAAAGCAGCGGGGGCAGGCUUUUUCGGUCUCAUCGUGGCCCUAACUCACCGUUCCUUCAUCAAGAGUUACAGAGAUGUCGUCGCGUAUGCUAUUCGACUGGCAAUGUAUUUAGGAUUGGCGGUCAUGAUGGGGACAGUUUGGCUAAGACUCGGUUCUGGUCAAGCCGAUAUCCAACCAUUCAUCAAUGCCAUCUUCUUCGGGAGUGCUUUCAUGAGUUUCAUGGCAGUCGCCUACGUUCCAGCCUUCUUGGAAGACCGUGCUACCUUUGUCAAGGAACGAGCAAACGGACUAUAUGGCGCAGGACCUUUUGUCAUCUCGAACUUCAUUAUCGGUCUCCCCUACCUGUUCAUUAUCGCUGUCUUAUUCUCUGUUGUAACAUAUUGGCUGUCGGGUUUCCAACCCACGGCGGAGGCAUUCUUCACGUGGAUCAUGUGGCUGUUCCUGGACUUGAUAGCUGCCGAAUCCUUGGUUGUUCUCAUGUCGUCAUUGUUCCCCAAUUUUGUUCUUGCACUUGCAAUGACAGCGUUCGCCAACGGCCUGUGGAUGAGUGUCGGAGGUUUUCUUGUACCGCCUAAUAUCCUCAACGUCUUCUGGUACUAUGCAUUCUCGUAUAUUGACUACCAGCGAUGGGUCUUCCAAGGCAUGAUGGUCAAUCAAUUCCAGCAUCAAACGUACUCCUGUGGCACCGGCUGCAACUGCAUGUACCAGACCGAGCUCGCGCCUCAGUGUCAGAUUGCAGGAACUGGUAUCUUGGACCAGUACGGGUAUGAGGUUGGUCUCAAGGGCACCUGGGUCGGCAUCCUCAUCGGUAUCAUUGCGGGAUACAGACUGCUCGGCUGGGCUGUGCUUGUAUUCCGGAAGUAGGAGUUGACGAACAGGAUAAAUGGGGGUCUCAAUAGUAAUAGUUUCUGGUGGGAUAAGAGUAGAUGGCAGUGCGACAUUAGACUUCCUUCUCUAGAACG